AUGCGUGUCGCUAUAUUGGGUGGUGGUAUCAAUGGCUUCUGUUGUGCCGUUCGUAUUCAGGAGCACUAUAAGAAACAAAAUCGUCCAAUUGAAGUGACCGUUUUGUCGGAAAAGUUUUCACCCAACACUACGGGUGAUGGUUCGGCCGGUUUGUGGGGACCAUUUUUAUUGGGUGGUACACCCACCGCUAAAGUGCACCAAUGGUCCAAGGGCAUGCAUGAUUUCUUAGAAGAAUUAUGGCUUUCUGAAGAUGCUGGCGAGGCUGGUGUGUGCUUAUUGCCAGUUAUUCGCCUAACAACUGCCGAUACACCAGUUGAUGAUUUCUGGAAAGAUAUUGUUUAUGGCUGCCAUGAAAUGACAGAUGAAAUGUUAAAGGAAUACAAUGAAAAUCGCACUAAGAAAUACACUUCUGGCCUCCAUUUCAUAACAUACACAUCGGAGCCAAAACGAUUGUUGCCAUAUUUAAUGAAACGUUUCGAGAAGGGUGGUGGCAAAAUAGUCCAACAAAAAAUUGAUAGUCUGGAGAAAUUUUUGGAAAGCAGUGACUAUGAUGUGGUUAUCAAUUGUACCGGUUUGGGAUCACAGCAGGUGAUUGGCGAUAAUAAAAUGUUGCCAAUUCGUGGUCAGGUGGCACGUGUUAAGGCUCCAUGGUUGUACUACAGUCUAUUGGAUGAAAGUGAUGAUGGCAAUUACAUCAUUCCAAAUAUGGAUACCGUUGUUUUGGGUGGUACUCAUCAGGAACACGAUUACAACAUUAUACCCUGUCCCAAGGAUAAGAAAUUCAUUAUGGAGGGAUGUGAAAAUAUUUUGCCUGCAUUGAAAAAUGCCACACAUCUAUUCGAUUGGGUGGGUUUGAGACCUGGCAGAUCUGCUUUACGUUUGGAAGGUGAACAAAAGGGUAAACACUUUGUUAUCCACAACUAUGGCCAUGGCGGCAGUGGUGUAACAUUGGCCUGGGGCUGUGCUGCCGAUGUUUUAGCUAUUAUGGAACAGACACUACAGAAGCAACAUCAACAGAAGGCCAAAUUGUAAUGUGGUUUAUCACAA